UUCCUUCCAUAGCAGAACAGAAGGCUACCCCUUCCAGAUCCUUGAAAGCCCUCCUCUCUCUCCAGGCACCCGUACUGAUUCCCCAUACCAUCCCAGGAACUGCAGAUCAGCUCCUCCCGGAAGGAUGCAGAGGCUCACAGAGCUGGCCACUGCUUUGGGCGCCUUCCUAGGCCUCCUGGCAGUGGCAGCAAUGGCAGGCCCUAACUUUCCCCAGAUAGACACCCCCAACAUGCUACCUGCCCACCAUCGCCAAAAGAGAGACUGGAUUUGGAAUCAAAUGCACAUCGAUGAAGAAAAAAAUGAAUCGCUGCCCCACUAUGUGGGAAAGCUCAAGUCCAACGUGAACCGCCAGAAUGCUAAGUAUGUGCUCCAAGGAGAGUUUGCUGGCAAGAUCUUCGGAGUCGAUGCUAACACAGGGAAUGUGCUUGCCUAUGAGAGGUUAGACCGGGAGAAAGUCUCUGAGUACUUCCUUACUGCCCUCAUUGUGGACAAGAAUACCAACAAAAACCUGGAACAACCUUCCAGCUUCACUGUCAAGGUGCAUGAUAUAAAUGACAAUUGGCCUGUGUUUUCGCACCAGGUAUUCAACGCAUCUGUGCCAGAGAUGUCAGCUAUAGGGACCUCUGUCAUCCGUGUGACAGCAGUGGAUGCAGAUGACCCCACUGUGGCCGGCCACGCCACAGUCUUGUACCAAAUCGUGAAAGGAAAUGAGUAUUUCAGCAUUGAUAAUUCUGGACUCAUUUUCACGAAGAUCAAAAACUUGGACCGAGAGAAACAGGCUGAAUACAAGAUCGUGGUGGGAACACAAGAUGCCCUGGGUCUGCGGGGAGAGUCAGGCACAGCCACUGUGAUGAUCAGACUGGAGGACAUCAAUGACAACUUCCCCGUCUUUACUCAAUCCACAUACACAUUUUCGGUGCCUGAAGACAUCCGUGUGGGCAAGCCCUUGGGCUUUCUGACUGUUGUGGACCCAGAUGAGCCUCAGAACCGGAUGACCAAGUACAGCAUCAUGCAGGGCGAGUACAGGGACACCUUCACCAUUGAGACAGACCCCAAACGUAACGAGGGUAUCAUCAAACCCACGAAGUCCCUGGACUAUGAAGUCAUCCAGCAGUACACAUUCUACAUUGAGGCCACAGACCCCACUAUCCGAUACGAACACCUGAGCAGCACGUCAGGGAAAAACAAAGCCAAGGUCACCAUCAACGUCCUAGACGUGGAUGAGCCCCCUGUCUUCCAGCAACACUUCUACCACUUCAAGCUGCCAGAAAACCAGAAGAAACCUCUGAUUGGCACUGUGGUGGCCAAAGACCCUGACAAGGCUCAGCGCAGCAUCGGGUACUCCAUCCGCAAGACCAGUGACAGAGGCCAAUUCUUCCGAAUAACCAAACAGGGAGACAUCUAUAACGAGAAAGAACUGGACAGAGAAACCUACUCCUGGUAUAACCUGACUGUGGAGGCCAACGAGCUGGAUUCUAGGGGUAACCCUGUAGGGAAAGAGUCCAUUGUGCAGGUUCACAUUGAAGUCUUGGAUGAGAAUGACAACCCUCCGGAAUUUGCCCAGCCCUAUGAACCUAAAGUGUGUGAGAAUGCUGCCCAGGGCAAGCUGGUAGUACAGAUCUCUGCAACAGACAAGGAUGUGGUGCCAGUAAACCCAAAGUUCAAGUUUGCCCUGAAGAAUGACGACAGCAACUUCACCCUCAUAAACAACCACGACAACACCGCCAACAUCACGGUCAAGUAUGGGCAGUUUAAUCGGGAGUAUGCCAAGUUCCACUACCUGCCCGUGCUCAUCUCAGACAAUGGGGUGCCCAGCCUGACUGGAACCAGCACGCUAACCGUGGGUGUGUGCAAGUGCAACGAGCAGGGCGAGUUCACCUUCUGUGAGGAGAUGGCAGCCCAGGCGGGUGUCAGCAUCCAGGCACUGGUGGCCAUCUUCCUCUGCAUCCUCACCAUCACAGUGAUCACCUUGCUGAUCAUCCUGCGGAGGCGGAUCCGGAAGCAGGCGCAUGCUCAUAGCAAGAGUGCGCUGGAGAUUCACGAGCAGUUGGUCACUUACGACGAGGAGGGCGGUGGUGAGAUGGACACCACCAGCUACGAUGUGUCAGUGCUUAAUUCUGUGCGCAGUGGCUCCACUAAGCCCCUGCGCUCCACGAUGGACGCCCGGCCGGCAGUGUACACGCAGGUGCAGAAGCCGCCGCGCCUGGCGCCUGGACUGCACGGAGGGCCCAGGGAGAUGGCCACCAUGAUCGACGUGAAGAAAGAAGAGGCAGACAAUGACGGCGGUGGCCCCCCAUACGACACACUGCACAUCUACGGCUACGAGGGCGCAGAGUCCAUCGCAGAGUCCCUCAGUUCCCUGAGCACCAAUUCCUCCGACUCUGACAUCGAUUAUGACUUCCUCAACGACUGGGGACCCAGAUUCAAGAUGCUGGCUGAGCUGUACGGCUCAGAUCCCCAGGAGGAACUCAUCAUCUAGGGUUCCGGUCUUUGGGCCUGGGGACCCAACCUCAUUGCAACCUGGAUCAGACACCGGACACUGCCUUCCCUGGUUUCCAAGGAGUGACACCAGACUCUUCAGCCCAGCGCCCCUUCCAUUCCCAAGGUAGCAAAUUCCAGGCCCCUUAAAUAUCCAGGAACAGAGACAUAUCUUAUUGAUGGCCACUCCCAAAACUGGAAGAGUGAGGGUAGUAUUCUGUCUGGGCUCCUCCCAUCCCUAUCCCCACCCCCACCCCCCGCACCCCUCCCUCCUCAUAUACACACAUACACACUCCUGAUCUAUUCGAGACCUCCGGUCCCUUCAACACUGCCAAGCAAACUGACUAUGCUGAACUUCUAGUCUUCCCCAAGGGUCCCUGAGCUCCUGGUAAGGCUCAAGUCUAAUCCAAAGGGAGGCUGUAACUCAUCCAUCAUGCCUGCCUUCUGGAGACCCAGCACUGCUGAGCCUCCCUCACACCUACCCAAUGCCCAGCCCCUCCCCAGGCCUGUCCAGGGAGGAAGGAGACUAUCCGCAGCUCCUGACCUUGGGUCCUGAGGUGACCCGGCAGGCCUGAAGCCCCAUGCACUGCUUUACUGAGCAAUGACUCAUUCCGUCAACUUCAGGGAAAUGGCUUGUCGAAUUUGAAGCAACUGUGAAUUCACCCAGGGAGGGCUGUGGAGGCCAUAGGUGACAGGUCAUAGAGCAAGGAUAGCCUCUAACCCACUCACCAGAAAGAUCCCAGAAGAGCUAAGAGGACCCUCUGCCACUCAGCCCUGCACUGGUUGCCUGCAGGAGGCACCCGCCUCGCCUGGUCACUCACUCUUCCUUUUCUCUUGCUGUCCACUUAUAUCUCUUGGGGGCGCCCCAGACGCAGCCUCUGCAAGCCUGGCUGAACCGUAACUGCAUCACAGAGCCACGCCACUCGCCUUUUGCCUAGUUGCCACAUCUCAGGGAAUGGACCUCACCCUCCCCCCCCCCCCCCCCCCCCCCCCCCCCCCCC